CCAGGUGGCAGCUCCAUCAACAGCUGGCAGCCCGAUAGGUUUUUGUUAUUGUUGCUGCAACUAAACUGCUUUUGUUUAUUAUUUCUGUUUUAACAAGCAACUUUAUCUGAUGGCAAUUAACUAAAUAAGCCACAUAUAAGCAAAUCCACUGGUAAAUACAAAAACAACCGACCCUCUCCCAAUGAGCAUUAACUGGAUAAAGAUCACCGAAAGGGCCCGCGAGGGCAUCAAGAUUAUAAAUGCCCUACCGUUCGACACCUUCACCACGGUCCUGUGGUACACACACCGCCAAAUGAGUCCCAGCGCCGCUGGGGCUUCCGCGUCCGCGAGCGCCGGCAGUACGGUGGGCACCAGUGUGACAACUACGGAGCGGGCGGACAGCAGCGGUGCCGGAGAGGAAAACCCCACCAGCAGCAGCGAACCAGAGUACACGCUAGAGGAACUAGAGCGAUUGGUGGGCGUGCCGCGAGCAGAUUUCCUGCUGCUCAUCAAGACCUUCUCGUACAUCCUGCGCCGCAUCUCCACGUUCAUCAUCAAGCCCAGUCUGCUGCAGCGCGAGCUGCGCGACAAGCUGCAGCUGGAGGACGAGGCCAAGAUCGAUGCCAUUCUGCGGCUGUGGGUACGCGAGACGACCCCGAUCAUGAACAAUUUGGCCAGCAAGCGCUACGAGUCGAACGUGAUCGAGGAUGUGGCCUGGAAGCUUAAUGUUGAGGUCUCCUCGCACUGCCAGCAGCGGACAAAGACACCGCUGGCCGUGCUCCAGAUGAAGACGGGCGCCGGCGAGGAUAUUAGCAUUGAGAUGACGCAUCCGGAGCUGCAGGAUCUAUACAAUCAGUUCGAGAACAUACAAAGCGAGCUGGACGCAAUGCUGGCAAUGAAGGCUCCGGCCGCGGCUGCGACUUCGGCUGCAGCUCCAUCCCAGUAGGGAUGUUGACCAUUCCCAGUGCCAAUUUAGUGUUUAGUGUUAGUCGUCCUCCCUGUGCAAAUAUGUAUGCAAUACAAAAUCCAAUCGUAGCCAAAACCUAGCUAAAAAUUACAUGUUUGUAGCUUCCAAUUCAAAUCAGUUCUCAAACGUCUAAUAAAAACAAAUGAUUGUA